AUGGAUACAGAAACACAAAGCAUGGUUUUAAGCGUAGCUUACCUACGCAGUUUGCACGCGCAGUGUGAUAGCCAGCAUCAGGAAGUUUCACAAGUGGUUCUGGAAAUUCCACGUGCUUCAUUGCUUGCCCAGGCUCCCGAUACUGAAGCAUUCGGGUCAGGUGCUGCAACAGCUGCGGAUACAGUUGGUGAUGUAUGGAGUGUUCCAGCACAAAGUGCAAUUUUGCCACAUCCAAAUGUAUUGCCUUCGGAAAGUGGAAGUGAGCAACACGAAGAAAAUAAUGAUGAGUCGCCACCACCCAUGCUAAUUGGCUUGUCUGAUAAAUUUCCGGGUAUUUAA